GCAGAGCUGAUCUCCAGCUUGACAAAAAUGCCUAACUACACAGUGACUGUGGCCACAGGCUCUCAGUGGUUUGCUGGAACUGAUGACUACAUUUAUCUGACCCUGGUGGGAUCAGAGAGCUGCAGUGAGAGAACUCUCCUGGAUAAACCCCUCUAUAACGACUUUGAGAGAGGAGCGGUGGACUCAUAUGACAUCAGUGUGGGAGAAGACCUGGGCGAGAUCGAGCUGGUGAAAAUUGAAAAGAAGAAAUACUGGGUGCACGAUGACUGGUACUGCAAAUACAUCACGGUGAAGACGCCGUAUGGGGAUUACAUUGAGUUCCCCUGCUUUCGCUGGUUAGUUGAUGACAAAGAGGUGAUCCUCAGAGAUGGCAGAGCUCGAUUGCCACAGCAUGACAAGACAGAAAUGUAAAAAGCAGCAAACGCACAAACAAAAAAAAAAAAGACAAAAGAAAUACAACAUAGACACAAAUGUUAAAGAUGGAAGGAGUGGCACCCUGGCUUCCCCAUGAGUAUAGAUGCCAAAGCCCAUAGUGAGCUUCCACGAGAAAUUCAGUUUGACAGCGAGAAAGGAGUGGACUUUGUGCUGAACUACAGCAAAGCGAUCGAAAAUCUCUACAUAAACCAGUUCAUGCACAUGUUCCAGUCCUCAUGGGGAGAUUUUGAAGACUUUGAGCGUAUAUUCAUGAGAAUUAAGAAUACAAUAUCAGAGUAUGUGAUGGAGCACUGGAAGGAAGACUUCAUGUUUGGGUACCAGUUCUUGAACGGCUGUAAUCCAGUGGUUAUCAGGAAAUGCACAGAAAUCCCUGACAAAUUUCCAGUCACACAAAAGAUUCUUGAGGCGAGUCUGGAGAGGGGUCUCACGCUGGAAGAAGAGCUCAAGGAAGGAAACAUCUUUAUAGCUGAUUAUGAGUUAUUAGAUGGUGUUACUCCCAAUGCCACGGACCCAUGCACCAUUCAGUACUUGGCUGCACCCAUCUGCCUGCUUUAUAAGAACAGUCAGAAUAAAAUCAUGCCAAUCGCCAUCCAGCUGGGUCAGACCCCAGGAGAGGAUAAUCCCAUCUUCCUCCCAACUGAUGAUGAGCACGACUGGUUGCUGGCCAAGAUCUGGGUAAGAUCUUCAGACUUCCACGUACACCAGACUGUCACACAUCUUCUCAGGACACAUCUGAUAUCUGAGGUCUUUGGCAUAGCCAUGUUCAGACAGCUGCCUGCAGUUCAUCCUGUUUUUAAGUUGCUGUUACCUCACAUCCGUUUCACCAUUGCCAUUAACACCAAGGCUCGUGAGCAGCUCAUCUGUGAGUGUGGACUCUUUGACAAGGCUAAUGGGACAGGUGGAGGUGGCCAUGUAGAACUGGUCCAGAAGUCCAUGAAAAACUUCACAUACAGGUCCCUGUGUUUCCCAGAGGCCAUAAAAGCACGAGGCAUGGACAGCCAGGAGGAACUGCCCUAUUACUUCUACAGAGAUGAUGGCUGCAGAGUCUGGCAGGCAGUGACAAGUUUUGUGACAGAUGUAGUGAACAUCUACUAUGACAAUGAUAAGACAGUCCAGGAAGACGUAGAGAUCCAGGCAUUUGUGAAAGAUGUUUGCAGCUUUGGAAUGCAGGAUUUUGACUACUGUGAGUUUCCCAAGACUUUACGAACCAAAGAGCAGCUGGUGGAGUAUCUAACUAUCGUCAUCUUCACUGCUUCUGCACAACAUGCUGGAGUAAACUUUGGCCAGUUUGACUGGUGUUCAUGGAUCCCAAAUUCCCCUCCAACCAUGCGGAAGCCUCCUCCCACAAAGAAGGGCGAAGUGGAUAUGAAAUACAUAGUGGAGAGUCUGCCUGAUCGAGGACGGUCCUGCUGGCAUCUGGGAGCCGUGUGGGCCCUCAGUCAGUUUCAAGAAAAUGAGUUGUUCCUAGGUAUGUAUCCAGAUGAACACUUCAUUGAGAAACCUGUGAAGGACGCCAUGGUGAAAUUCUGCAAGAACCUUUCAGAAGUGACUAAAGUCAUCAAGAACCGAAAUGAAGGAAAGAAGCUGCCUUACUACUAUCUGUCUCCAGACAGAAUCCCAAACAGUGUGGCUGUCUGAGUCACCAGUCGCACGGGAUCAGAAGUGCUAUGCUAGUAGUAGGAAGCGUUUUAUCAGAGUGUUUUAUGUGUUCAAAAUUGGAAAAAGAAAUCAUUUUAUAUAUAUAAAGCUUGCCACACUCUUGAAAAUAAAGGUUCUUUAUUGGCAUCAGUGGUACCACGAAGAACCUUCCGUUGCACAAAAGGUCCUUUAUAGUGGAAAAAGAAAAAUAAGGUUCCUAAUUAAGAUCUGUUUACUGAAAGGCUUCUAAAUCGUUCUUCUAUGGCUUCACUGUGAAACCACCCAUUUUGAAUUUUUAUUGUUAAGAGAGCAUAUGUGAUGUAAGAGAAGUUUAUAGUUAUGUAUGAUUUACUUUUUUGUGAGUAAGAAGAAAGAUGUUGUAGCCAGAAAUUAUUUCAUGCUUUUUUAUUAUCCUAAUGUCAACAUUUUGCUAUUUUUACCCUUUUUACUUUUAACACACAUCAAACAAGUGUUACUAUUUUUUAUUAUUAUUAUUAUUAUUUUUUCAUUUUUCAGCAACAUUAUCUUCAUUCUUGAUUACAAGGGUUACUUAAACAACUUGUUUGUUUGAAAAUGGCACGAAACAAAUGAAUUGUUAGAAUAUUUACAAUCUUUUUUUUAUUUUUAAGAUUGAUUAUUUACGUUUAAAGUCAUGAACGAUUACUGAUUAAUACUAAUUAAUAUUGGAUGAAUCAUGAGCAGUAAAUUAAGAAACACGUAAGCUUUGCAGUUACUGGAAAAAUUGUUUUUUGUGAAUAAAUGGGCAGCUGUUUACAACA